AACUUUGUCAAUGAUUUACUCUUGAAUGAUUCUGCUUGAUGCUUUCUCAAUAAAAUACCAUGCAAGAUCCAGUUUUUGAAGACCAUGAAAAACCAAAGUAUAUGAUUUGGAUUCAGAAAAAAACAGCAACUAUGCUUAUUUGCUUACACAUAUAAAAUAAGAUUUGAAUAAGUUCUGAGGAGAUAUUGUGAAUUCCCCAAGUAAGUUAUCAAACUUUCUUCCCUUACCCUCCCACCAACAUAAUCCUACAGCAAAACACUCGGUACUUUUUUUUUUUUUUUGGGGGGGGGGGAGGAGGGACUGAAGGGAGAAAAGGGAAGCUGUCUAAAGCUCCUUUUUAAUUCCUAUAGGGAACUCCAGGUAUGGAAAAAACACCCCCAUGGUCACCAUUAACAGCAUCAUCCUUCUGUGCAUUGUAAGCACCUUAAGAGUCAGGACUGUGUUUCUUUUUAUUAACGAUAUCCCUACCACUUAUCAUACAAUCCUGGCAAAGUAAGUGCUCAAUAAAUGUUUAUUGGACAAUCCCAUCCAUAAAGCCACCAACUUUUCUUAAGACGGUAAAGGUUCCUCCCAAAUACAGACGUAUUGAAAAAAAUUAUUAAAUCAAUAAAUAAAAACAAAACAUGUUAACAAUUACGUGGUUACAAACAUAACUGGCAAUAGGACCUCAAGUUGUUUUUUUUCCCCAAAUUUUCUUAAAAAUAACAUGAAAUGAUUUUAUAGAAUAACUAUUAAUCAGUAAGGGGGAUUUAUUACUUCUAAAGCUAACUUCAAAAGUAUACAAAUGGCUUUGGGGGAGAAAGUGGAACUGGUGACUGGGACUGGUGAAGCCCACUCUCACAUGAAUUCAAUUUAUUUGCAUAUUAUGGCAUCAUCUCUCUGAUGUUAUGGUCCUCUUCGAGAACGAAGGACAAAAAGGCCCAUUAAGCCAACUAAACUUCCCUAAGUGAGAUUUAACAAAUCUUAGCGGGGCACAAGACCGCACCAGGAAAUCUGAUCCAAGUUUCAGCCUUCUCAGGCAGAAUUACUAUGAUGCCGGACGAAGUACCAACAUACACGUUUUUACACGCACAAGAACUCUGGAUGUGGUAUCCCACCCCUAUAACACGCUACUGCGCACGGGGAGGAGGGAAGGGGUCGGCAUCCACGCGGAUGGCAUGGGUUCAUAUUUAUUUCCUAGCGUUUCGCAAGAGUUCACACUUCUUUAUCCUGGGGGAGGAGAAAAUGGGCUUAGAAAUGGGGUCUCAGCACCUGAAAGCUGGGCAGGCUUCCAAGACUGGGAGCCUUUGACAGAUGAAGUCCUCUUUCAGGGCAGGGACUCUUGGGAAUAGGUCUUGCAAAUACUAGAGGAGUGGCCUCGGAUUCAAGCCGAGGGGGAUGGGCAGCUGCGGCGUAUCCCGGAACAUACAACCCGAGUAUCCACAUCCCAGGAGCGAGGGGGCGGGCACAGAGCUCGGUCCUACCAACGCAGCAAAGCCCGGCGGGGGGAUAGGAGUGGGUGGAAAUAAGGAAAAUACCAUUCUUGGGAAAGGGAAAAGAACUUCCUUACAUUUUAGGUAAACAGAGGGUCGUUGAACCUCCAGGGGGCGUAAACGCCGCUCGAAAAAACUAAGUAGUUUUCAGGAGACGCCUAUUACCUUUCCCAGUCUGGCUAUCAAAGCUGAGCUCCCAGAGCCGCACGUCGGAAGAUCGAAACAGAAGCAGAGAAACGACAAGCAGGUCCACUAGUUUUGGAAUUCUAGGGGAGGAUUUCCCGCCGCUCGGGCGUAACCCCGGAAAUAGUUUCCGAGGCUUCCGGGUGGUUGUCACUGACGCUCCUACACAGUCGCUAAGGAGGAUAAAGCUGCUCCAGGACCCUGGGGGCUGGGGAGGGUCAGGAGGUUCCUUGAAAUGGACUGGGGAGAUGAAUAUUCUUAUAAUUCUUUUGACAUAGAAUGUUUGUUAAAUUCAUUUCCUGGAGACCUGGAAUUUGAACAGAUCUUCAGUGACAUUGAUGAAAAGAUUGAGAAAAAUGCUGCAAGCUUGCAACAGUGUCUAAAAGAUAUCCAGUGUGAAGUUAACAAAAGGUGUGGUUCUGAGGUUCCACUACAAACCACAAGUGACUGCCUCGAAUGGUUAAAUAACUACAGUUCCAGUUCGCUCAAACCACCUUCCUGUUCUCAUGGAGAUUUGAUCAAAUUCCUCAAAACCUUGCAAGAUUUAUUGAAGAAUGAACAAAAUCAAGAAGAAAUGAUCAUGGAUCUCCUUUUGGAUAUCUCUAGUCAGUGUGGAGUUUCAUUCCCAUGUACCCCAAGUGGAACAUCUUUCCUAUUCACGUCUAGAACUUCCCUACAUGCAGUUGAAGAUCAUUCAUCUAUGGACGUAAAGUCUUUGUGGGAUGAUAUCAGAUUGCAUCUUCGACGUUUCUUACUGAGCAAAUUACAGAGUCAUAAUAAAAUAAACAACUCACCGCACACUAUUUCAUUUAAAACUCAUUGCAUUCGACAGCUUUUGUUUCUUUAUCCAGAAUCAGAAGUUUUAGCCAAGUACCAAAGCCUACAGAAUAAAUUGGUUACUCACCUCCUAGAGAAUUGUUUUUUAUCUUACAACAGAGAAGCAAAUUUAGACACAGUGAUACAUGGAUACCAAAAUUCCAUACUUAAAUUAUGCAAAAUGAUUAAACAGGAUUUUUAUGUGCUAAGUGAAAUUUUAGCUCCUUCUUCAGUACUAAAAUUCAUUAAUGAAACUUACCUGGAUUCCAUUAAGGAAGAAAUGACAAAUUUUCUGGAAAAAUUUUGUGAACUACAAUUCAAAGAAAAUGCUGUCCAUGUGGUUAAAACAGGCAAGAGUUCCAGCAAACAUAGAGGAGCAGUGCAUGCUUUGGUUACUCAUGAAUGCCCACGAAAAGGAAGAAACAUCUGCCUCUCUUUGUAUGAACUCAGAUUCUUAUCACAACUCAUAAAACCUCUGUUAAAAUUGGAAAAGGAAGUUCAAGACCUUUCCCAAGAAUUGCUUUCACUGCCCAAGAUAUCCAGACAUACUUCAGGAGUUUGGAAGAAAUCUAGUGGAGAAUUUUUAAUACAGGAAGCUAGAGCAAAUGAAACUAAUGUACUACCUGAGAAAUUACUGCAGAUAAAAGAGUAUGCUUUACUAGAUUUUGGCUGGAGAAGUGCAUUUAAAGAGGUGUCUCUUUCGGUGGUUCGUUGUUUAACAAUAGCAAUGGAAGAUCAUGCCAUUAAAAUUCUCCAUCGUGAACAGAAUGAAAAAUCUUCAGCUGUAAACUACACUAUGAGUCUUGUAAAUGUUCACUCAGUUUGGGAGCUGUGCAGAGCAACUCCUGAGGAAGACCAACCAAAGAAAAUUGUGAAGGUUUGUUCUGACAUCAUGGAAGAACUUGAUAUGAUGCUUCCUCUAGCUCUUGCAUGCAGAGAUGGUUCAUUUCAAGAAAUUAGAGCAAACUUUGUGGAGGCCUGUUGCAAAGUAGCAACAGCUGUCCUGGCAAGGUUGGAAGAGAGAAGCAAGGAAGUUCCUUCCAAAAUACCCUUGCAAAAUUUAUAUACUCUUCUCGCUACAGCAAUAUUUAUCUUUCAGCAUUUUAUGCACUAUGAUGAUUUAAUGAAAGAAACAAGUAAGAAACCCCUAUUCGUAGUGCCUGUCCAACGAUAUCAGGAACUCAUCAGCACUCUCCAGUUUCAAAUUACAGACUACUGCGUCAGAGUUUGUGCUACAAGCAUUUUACAGGAUGCAGAGAGCCACCACUGGGAUGACUACAAAGCUUUUUAUGAGGGGGAAAGAUGCUCAUUCUCUAUCCAGAUGUGGCAUUAUUUCUGCUGCGCUCUCCAUCAUGAUCUGUGGGCUGCUCUACCCCCCAAGUUAGCCCAAGAGAUUCUCAUAGACGUGUUGGAGAAAUCUUUGGAUCUGCUGGCCUCCAGAUAUUCUCAGGCCCAUCCCAGUUAUAAGAGAACUCCACAGAUAAGGUUUGAUGUUACUGCAAUUUUAAUAUGCAUCGAAGAAAUGCUCUGGUCAAUUUGUAGAUCAGUACAAGAACUUUUGAAUCCCUGUGAAUGUAUAAAUGAAAAGAUCUUGAAAAUUCAUACCCACUGUAAUAAUCUAUUUACAACAAUGAUCAUUUUGACAUCACCAUUAACAGAAUUAUAUAAGACAUUUCAGAAUGGCACUGAUGAUCUUAUAUCAGAUUCUUCAGAGUCAUCUUUCAAUCAACCAUUACAUUGGAUUUCUUGCAUAGAACAUUUUUCUCCUUCUUUUCUUAGGAUUCCAUCAGCUGGAGGAAUGGCAGUCCAGGGUCGAUUGAAACUGCUCUUAUCCCAACCCUGUUGUAAUUGGAACUUGCUUUUGGAAACCCUCCUGCAUGAUGAUUGUCUGAUACUAAAAAUCUUGUUGAGAAGUGAGUUUUGUGUUGGUACCUUAUCAAAAUAUGAAGAAAAAGUUCUUCAUGUGGGAAAGAUGCCUAAUCAAGAGCCUACUUUGACAGAAACAAUCUUCAAAUUAUUAUCCUAUUGCAGUCUUUCUCCUCAGUCACUUGGAAGGGUAUUCAUCAACUAUAUGGAACUAGAACAAUUAUGGAAUUUUUUAUAUGACAUUCCAGUUGAAACUUACAUGCGCACUGCCUCUCUGAUUGUUGCACUUAUGGUGGUAGAAGAAGGCACAGCCUCAGAAGAAGAAGGUAUUGCUCUUGAAUUGACUGAGCAGAAAAUAAACAUGAUGGUCCUGGAUAUCUGCCACAAACCAGGUGGCAGUGAGUACCUGAGGCAAAUUUAUCACAUCAUCCGGCUCAAUGAGGAAUAUUUGAAAGAACAGCUGUCUUCGAUGAAUGUACCAGAGGAAAACACAUUACCCACCAGACCUUUAAAAGUGACCUUGAAGAGCCUGGAAAAGCAGCCUCCUGCCUUUAACCCUUUUCAGGUGUAUAAGUGGUUUAGUAAAAAAAUGCUGGAUCAGUCAGCCAUAACUAAAUGGGACUGGAAUUGGUCAAACUUGCUGCCAAGUUAUCUGGGACUGAAUAAGACGACCUUCAGGGCACUGCUUAAGAACAGGUGGGAGAUGAGGGCGGAUGAAACCCUAGAAGAGGAAGAAAAAGUGAUGCUGGAACAUUUGAAAACAAUGUGUUUGAUCCAGAGCUCUUCUGCCUCAGAUAACCCAGAGGAACAGUGAUCUGCAAAAAAGGAAAAAAAAAAAGGCAACUGAUAUAUUUUAGGAAGUCUUAGUAUGCCAUAGAGCGUGUUUCAUCCUAGAAUCAGAAUACACCUCAGAUGUGCUGUGAAGCAUGAAACCAAUGGCUUAAGUAAGCCCUGUACAGAAAAUGAGUAGUUAUUAAAGCAUAAGGAACAUAGUGGUGUUAUAUAUUUUUUAUUUUUUAAAUUAUAGUUUAAAAUUGCCUUUUUAAACUUUUCUUCUGUGAUGUGACUGCUGCUACCUUGCAUUCUCUUUGAAUUUCUUUAUUUUUUUCUCUUUGGAUUUUUAAAGCAUCUGUGAAAGUAGGCCAGAUUCUUGGAAAAUAUCAUCAUACCUCCUGGUUAUUUGAUAUAUGUGGACCACCUCUAAAACAGAAUGAUAUUCUUAAAGAGAUAAUGGUUAUCCUAGUCCUCCAAGCUCAGAAUUUUGAAGGCAUCUUCAAUUACUCAGCCACCAUCAAUCCCCAGAUGCAGUCCAUCACAAAGUCCUUACUUUCUCUGUAUUUCUUUGAUGGGCCUCCAUUAAUUUUAUAGCUAUAGUCUAUAAGCUUUCUCCUGAAUUACUACUACUGUAACUAAUGUACCAGCUUCCCUAUCUACCUCUAGCUUUUCCUCACUGCACUCCUUUUCAUUGCAGUAACAAGAGUUCUUUUUCUAAGGUAACCUUUGAAUACAGGCACCUUGUUUCUCUUGCUGCUCCCAUCAAAUUAAAGUUUCUUUAAAUUAAAUCAAAUCCAAAGUGAUACUUUAAGUUCACCCACCCAUUAGCCUCCCAUCUUGCCAACUGCCCUUGUCUUCUAUACCUUCUGCUGCAUAAAAAGAGAAGCUAUCUUCCCCCAAACCUGAUAAGUAUGUUUAUAUCUGUAAAAACUGUAGAAAUAUAUUGACACUCUCUCACCUCUGAGUCAUCACACUUAUCAUUGCCCCAACCAGAAAUACCUACAACUUCCACUAAACUGUUCCUUUACCAUCUCCAAAACUCAUCCACUUUCAAGAUACCUUUUCAGAAAAUCACCUGCCUUUUUCCUAUCUUCACUUCUCCUACUUCCAGGCAUUUAUUAUCACUCAUGUCCAUGUUAUUAAAGGUCUACUCUAGCUACUACAGACCCAUAGCUAAUUAUGGAAAUGUAUUUUUCUGUCACUUGCAUUUAUAUAUACUAUUAUAUUUAUAUUUGCCAUGAUUAUUGUCCUUAUUCUUGAAGGCCUAAUUGCGUGUUCUACAUAGAUGCAGCACUCACUAGCUGAUUAAUUGGCAUAGUGUGGAAUAAUCUGUAAGACAACUGGCUAAAACCCCAUCAUAGGUUUAUUAGAAAUCAAACAUGAGAGAAUUGGUCUUCCAGUAAUAGGUCUUUCAUUUUUCUAUAAUUCUUUUAAAAUAAACGAAUUUUAUUUGGUGUUUUUUUUAUUUUAAAGGAAAAAGAUUCUUUUAUUUUAUUUUGUUUUCUUACCAUUUUUUAAAAAUGGGUUGAGUGCAUUGAGGGAUGGCAACUACAGAGAAUCUCUUGCUUUAUUUCUUUAAAUAAAAAUGCACAAAUGGCCUAUGUAGCUGCCUGCCAAAUAAACUACUUUAUUUUUAAGAGUAUACUUUAUUUGGCCAGUAUAGUCAUGAGCCUAAUGCUUUAGGACAUGGCAGAAGGAAUUUCUUAAAAUGGGAGAAGUUUUUUUUUUUUUUUUUUUUGUGACAGAAGAGGCAGACUAGUUUAAAAGUCUGCAGCUCGUAAAUAGUUAUGAGAAGAAAACUUUUAGAGUUUUGGACUUUCCCGUUUUAUUUUAUUGAUCCAUUAAGUCAAAGAUAGCUUAUUAAUCCAUUAUGUUGAAUAUGAAGCUUACCAUAAAUACUUACUACAGCAAUCAGCAUAAGGCAACAAAGGACUUUAUUGAAGUGACCUUGGAGCUUCCAUAUGUGCUAAACUUGAAGGAGAACUGUAUGUUCUUUAUUUAAAUGAACACUAAAAUGGAAAGUCACUAUAAAAAUAAAUUGACCUGACAACCACAUAGAAGAACUUAUGAGGUUCUCAAAUCUGGGUGGCUUUUCGUGGUGAUUUCAUCUGCCUAAUGGUCACCUCCUAAAAACCUAUGGGGCCUGAACUAAUUAUACUAGGGAUGAGAUAUUUCACUUACCAAUAUUAGCCAAUAGCAGACGUGGUUCUUCUGGAACCUCAUUUUUCUCUUUUGAUCCCAUUUCAAACUGAAAGAGAAAUAUUGAUGGGGGGGGGGGGAGACUUGAACAGCUAACAAAUGAGCAGAUCUUUUGGCUCUGGACUAUAUUAACUCCAUGAAUUUACUGUCAGAGUUAAGUGUCAGAAGGUGUAUAAUUAAGAAUGUUAAAUGACAUAUCACUGAUUUUUUUUUUGGAAAGACAGUUUUUGAUUUAUACUUAAUGCCUUUCUUAAAGUACAAUAAGGAGUGGUACUUCAAAAGACUUGCUCAUUUUGACAUCUGUUUCACAGUGACAAAAAAUUAACAGUACAGAGGAAGCCAAUGCAGCUUUAUUGAAUUUACCUCCUCAAACUAUUGUCUUUUUUACCUGGGAAGUAUGAAUCAGCCUAUAACUUGUCUUAAAUUUAUUUCAUUUUUUAAAGGGAAUUAGCCAUAUAUUUGUAAACUAUCAAUUCUGUACAAUUUUCCUAUUACAUUUACUAACCUAGUAAUGGAUUUAUAAAAUAGAUUACUAUUAAGAUUAUUAGUCAUUACUGUAUGAAGUAUAAUUCUAUACACAAAUACACAUAAAUGUUAAGGAUUCCUAGCUUUUAUUUUAUAAAUCUGUAAGAUACAUAUUACUAUAUUCUCAGGAUAAGUUUAGAACUUUGUUACAUAAGUACCAACUGUAAUCAAAGAAUGAGAAAUAAAAAGCAUUUGUUUCUACUGGC